AUGGUCUUUCGCAGCUUCCUGCUGGUGCUGCUUGCCGUUUGUGCCUGCACUGUCUGCGCUGCGAGCGAUGCUGCGGCCUCCAAACUGCCCAAGUCGGUCACUCUGUCCUACGAAUUGAUCGGAUCUCCUUCAGUCAAACCGCUGGUCACCAUCUUCUACGAUCCGAAAACUUCUAAGCACGCUUUGUCUUCAUGGACGCCUCCUUCUCUCGAGCCGCUUCAGUCUACCACUCCCGAACCUACCUCGUCGAAGCUGCUUCGGAUCCUUUUACCUAACGGCAGUUCUACCGUAACCACCCUCGACACGUUCAGCGACGAUGUCCACCAGAAAAUCGACCUCUGGAUAUCUCCAGACGAUGGAUCCGUCUUGUCUGCUUCGGUCUCAGCCCUUUCACCACCCCCUUUGUCCGCAGAAGAAGAGCGCUACAGGAAAAAAGUCGCUAGAGCCAAGGCAAAGGGAAGGCCGAUACCACCCCCGCCUCCAGUCCCAAAUACAAAGAAAGCGAGAGAAGAAGCAGCUAAAGCAGCAGCUCUUCACGAACCCAUCAAAGUCAACCUUAUCGCCUCAGGCGCAGGCGCCUCCCCUGUUCUGGCAACUCGGAAAGCACCUCAGGUCGAUGCCGAAGGCAGAGAGGUUCCGCAGGAAGAACAACAAGAGAAGAGCUUCUUCCAGAAGUACUGGUGGGUGUUUUUGAUCGGUACCAUGCUCCUGAUGACUGGCGGUGGUGGAGCAGAGAAAUGA